GAUUAGUUUUGCUCUCUUUUUUCCUUAGAUUUUGGUGUUUUAUGUCUUGGUUUGAAGUUUCUGCUUAUGGGGUGCUGAUAGUUUUUGUGCUUUCUUGUUUUUGGAUGUUUUUAUGACCUCAUAAAGAUUGGACAUUUGUGUUAUGAAAUUUGUCUGAAUUCUAGGUUUUUUUUCUUUCCAUUAGGUUUUACUGGGAUGAAUUUAUCAGGCUUUUUGUUCCAAAAUCUCAUCUCCGUUUUGCUUUUCUUGGUUAAUUUUGUUCUCUUUCCCUUUAGAUAUUGUUAUUUAUUUUCUUGCUUUCUUUCUCUUAAAAAUGGCUUACAAAGUUCAGAUCUUUGGAUGUUAGUUCUAGUUUUGGCUAACUUUUUGUGUUUUUCUUGUUUACUAGUUUCUGCACACGUGCGUCGUACGUGUACUCCAUAACUGUGAGUACGAACUAUUAAAAAGUCAAAUAAAAUUGUGUUUGAUUUCACAAUAAAAAUAAGAAAAGUGAGAUGAUAAAUGGUUGUAUAAUUAACUCAAAAGGAUUUUUUGAUUCAUCUCACCGCCCUUUCUUACCCUUAUGUUCAGUCCCUUUAAUUUUUUGUCCUUGACUUUUGUCUUGUUUCUUUUUAAUGAUGAAGCUUUUAAGAAUUAAUCAGGACUUUUGGUACAAAAUCUUUCUUUUUAAUGAUGAAGCUUUUAAGAAUUAAUCAGGACUUUUGGUACAAAAUCUCAUCUUGAUUCGGAUUUCUGGAUUAGUUUUGUUCUCUUUGUCAUUAGAAUUUGAUGUUCUAUGUCUUGGUUCGAAUUUUCGCCAGUGAGGUGUUGAUAGUUUUUGUGCUUUGUUGUUUUUGAGCUCAUAAAGAAUGAACCUUUGUGUCAUAAACUUUGUAUGAAUUCGAAGUAUUUUUCUUCCCUUUAGGUUUUAGUGGGAUGAAUUUAUCAGGCGUUUUGUUCCAAAAUCUCAUCUUCGUUUUGCUUUUCUUGGUUUGUUUUGCUCUCUUUCCCGUUAGGUAUUGCUAUUAUUUUGCUUGCUUUUUUGAUGCUUGUGUUUGUAGGUGCUAAUGAUAUUUGUGCUUUUCUUGUUUCAGAGAGUUGUUAUGAGCUCACAAAGAUUGGACCUUUGUGUCAUAAAAUUAGUUUGAAUUCUAGGUUUUUAUUCUUGAUUUGAAGUUUAUGUUUGUGGGGUGCUGAUAGUUUUUGUCGUUUAAGGACUUUCAUGUUUUGACUUUUCCUUGCUGGAAGUCAAUGUUUUUUGUUUGAAGAGGAAUCAAAGGUUAACAAAAGGAAGAUUUGAAGAUAAUCUUUGAGUCUUUUUUGCUUUUGAGCUAAUUAUCAAAUUUAAUAUUUUUGAAUUGCAUUUGCCAAGUUAUUGAAAAAUUGCGAAAGUUGGCAAAAAAAGUAAAGUGCACAAAUAUUCUUUUGUGAAGAAUUGAGGUUUCUUUCACUUAAAAAUGGCUAACAAAUUUCGGAUCUUUGGAUGUUUAUUCUGGUCUUUGCUAACUUUUUCUGCUUUUCUUGUUUACUAGUUUCUGGGCACGUGCGUUGCACGUGUACUCCAUAAUUGUGAGAACGAGCUAUUAAAAAAUCACGUAAAUUGGGUUUGAGUUCAGAAUAAAAAUAAGAAAAUUAAAGAUGAUAAAUGUUAAUAUAUCUAACUCAAAAUGAGAAAUUUUAUUGCAUUUAGUCCUCCUUUUAUUGUAAUUUCGAUAUAUAUAAGUUUUAUAUCUGUUUCAAAAGAUGAAAUAAUCGUAGAGGCACAUUGCCUAUCAUUAACUUCCUUAAAAUGUCUCUAAUGUCUCAUACAAUAGUGUAAAAAUAUGGUCAACAAAGCUACUUCAAUGAUCAAUCUAUGAAGUUGAGUGACUUUUGGCUUCAUUGUAGUUACCAUUAUUAUUAUUGUUAUGAUGAUUUACGUGAUUUGAUUGUGAUCCUUUUGAAAUCUUAGACUCUUGUUACCUUUGAUUUGUAUAAUACUUGUAAAAGAAAAAGACUAAGUAGUUUUAUUUUAUUAGAUUUAAUGUUAACUACAAAUAGCCUGUUUUGGUGGACACGUAAAUCAAAGAGAAAGCUUUUAAUGAUUUUUUGGUUCAUCUCACCGCCUUUUCUUACCCUUUUGUUUAGUCCCUUUUAUUUUCUGUUCAUGGUUUUUAUCUUGUUUCUUUUUAUGAGAAAGCUUUCUAUGACCUGUCUCUAUUUUGGCAUUCUUGUUCCUUUCGUUUUAGUCCUUUCUCAUAGAAAGGUUCUAUCAAACAAUACAGUGGAGAUCCUUUCUCUAUCCAUUAUUCACUUUUUGUGCUUUUCUUCUUUACUAAUUUCUGGGUACUUGCGUUGCACAUGUACUCCAUAACUGUGAGUACGAACUAAUUAAAAAAUCACACAAAAUUGUGUUUGAGUUCACAAUAAAAAUAAGAAAACUAACGUGAAAUUUUAAUCAGUAAACUAUAAGGGGGUGUCAUAAUUAUAGCUAUUAUUAUUAUUAUUGUUAUGAAGAUUUAUAUGAUAUGAUUGUUACCAUUUUGAAAUCUGACUCGUGUUACCUUAGAUUUGUAUAAUACUUGUAAAAAGAAAAAGACAAAGUUGUUUCGUUUUAUUGGUUUUUAUUCUUGAUUUGAAGUUUAUGUUUGUGGGUCGCUGAUAAUCUGUGUGGUUUGAAAGCUUUCAGGUUUUGACUUCUCCUAUCUAGAAGUUAGAUGUUUUUUGUUUGAAGAGGAAUCAAAGGUUAAAAGAAGGAAGAUUUGAAGACAAUCUUUGAAUCUUUUUUGCUUUUGAGCUAAUUAUCGUAUUUAAGUUUUUGAAGUGCCUUAGUGGGUGAUUCUUUUCAGCGGAGACAAAAAGCACUAGGUGAUUCUUUCCAUGUGUCGUCACCUUAGUAGACGAAGUUACUGAUCUUUGUUGCUAGUAGUGGAAGGUGGCAGGUAUCCCGUAGAUUUAGUUGAGAUGCACGAAAGCUGGCCCGAACACCAUGGUUAUAAAAAAAAAUUGCCUUUUAAAUUUAUUUAAAAUUUUGAUCACCAUGUCAAUGUUAAAUGCUGCUAGACACCCAUCUUGUGCUCUCUAUUUUCUUGAAUCUUUAUGCAAAAUUUUCGUCUUUUUGUUAUGUAGGUUUGUUUGGUUUUGUACAUUUUUUUAGUUUUAUGCUAAUGUGAAAAUAUAAUUUAUUUUAUUUUAUUAAAUUUUGAUCACCAUAAUAUCAAUGGGGAAUGCAGUUCUUUUGCUUGCUUAACUUUGAUAAAAUCCCUUUUGUUGUUUGUUUCUUUGUGAACUGUAGAUGCCCAUCUUCCUCUCUCUAUGCACUGCUCUCUUUUCCAUCUGUCUUGAAUUCUUAUGCAAAAAGACACUUUUAUGUUUAGUGGGUGUGUUUGUCCUUUUGUACAUUUUGAACAUGUAAGCAAUUACUGUUCUUUCCCCUCUAAGUUUAUAGGCACCGACUGGAAAGUACCGCAAAAUCAUGGAAAACUCAGUCCAGCUAAUUGUAAAUAGGAAAAACAAAAAUCAAUUCAAGUAGAAAGAACUGACAAAACCUCCUUUUCUUUUGCCACAUUUCACUCAAAGAACCAGGUAAACAAAUGACCAAAAGAGCCAGCUAAACACACAAAAGUUAACACCUUUGUUCAAAAAUUGAAACACAAAACAGCAAAAAAUACAUGAAAAAUUCAAAUUGAAAGAACUUAAAAGAUCCUCUUACAGCUGAACCAUGUAAAUAAAUGAACAAAAACAGCAGCUAAACACACUGAAGUUAACACCUUUACUCAAAAAUUGAAACACAAAUCAGGAUCAGGGCCGUCAGAAGAACUAGAAAAUUAGGUUUGAGGAGGAUAUAUAUUAUUGUUAACGCUACUAGUUUAUACAGAUACCAUGGAUCCCGGAGGCAGCAAUUACCAGGAUAUUGGUGAUUCCCGAAGUGCAUAUACUGAUUAUGGUAUUGCACUACAAAGUGCUGAAUUCACUAAUUCCCCCUUUAGAAAAUCUACAGCUGUUAUCGAUGGGAAGCAUGGAGCUGGAUCUAAUAGUGCUGUUCAUGAGAUGCUUAAAUGCGCUGCUUGUAUGAAUUUAAUGUACCCGCCAAUUUACCAGUGUCCAAAUGGCCACGCAUUAUGCGAGUACUGCAAGUCAAAAGUACUUGUAUGUCCAAUUUGCUGCCAUGAGCCUGGAAAUAUAAGAUGUCUAGCACUGGAGAAAAUUGCAGAGUCACUAGAACUGCCAUGCCGAUACCAAUUUUAUGGCUGUCAAGAUAUAUUCCCUUAUCAUACAAGGCUGCAACAUGAGCAGAACUGCAGGUUUCGACCAUACAAUUGUCCAUAUGCAGAAUCUGAAUGCGCUGUUACUGGUGAUAUUCACAAGCUCGUUGCACAUCUAAAAGAUCAUCACAAGGUUGAUAUGCAUGAUGGGUGUGUCUUCAAACAUCGCUAUGACAUACCUAAUCCUCAAGAAGUUGAUAAUGCUGCAUGGAUGUUGAGGGUUUUCAACUGUUUCGAUCACCAGUUCUGCCUGCACUUUGAGGCUUUCAACCUUGGAUUAGCACCUGUAUACAUAGCAUUCAUUCGUUUUAUGGGCGAUGAUGAUGAUGCAACAAGAUUUAGGUAUAGUCUUGAAGUAGGUGGAUUUGGCAGAAAGUUAACAUGGCAAGGAGUACCAAGGAGCAUCCAUUUUACUCACAAAACUGUCCGAGACAGUUUAGACGGGCUGAUUAUCCAUAGGAGCAUGGCACUCUUCUUCUCUGGUGGUGACAUGAAGGAGCUGAAGCUACAGCUAGUUGGGCGUAUUUGGCCAGAGCCAUUGUAAACUAGAUAUAUCAUCUUCUGUCAUUGCGGGGAUGCCCAGAAAGUAUAGUUCGUUAUCGCCAAAAUUGGUUUGUGGCUUAAUUUUCUUGCAUUUCGUGUAAAUGGUUAUUGCAAAAUCUGCAGAUGGUUCUAUACAGUUUCUAGUUUUUGGAUCGAUUGUAGUUUAGCUCAGCUGUGGAUCAUGCAUCUAAAGUUUCGAGGCAUUUAGGCUUUUCUGACCAGCCAUAUGAUAAACUAUCUGGUUGUUAGUCCCUUUCUA